CUUGUUAGCUAUUUUAAACAGUUUAUUUCAAAAUUAUGUCUCCAAUAGUCUAGCCAUCUGCCAUUGCUAUUCCCCGUAACCUUCUUUCCCUAGGAAGCUCGCUAGUUUGUUUUUGCGCCAAUUUUUUCGGUCUACAGCACCCCCAUUUUCCUUGGUUGUCUUCACUCGUCGUCUUCAUCAAGCACACAGCGACUUCAUCGUCCACCGAAGAUAUUCUCCAUGUGACCGAGUCAGAGGCGUUUGAUGAGGAGGAGCUCAAUCCUAGGGAGCGGCUCAAAUCAUGAACAUACUUCACCACCUCCUUGUACGCUUCUAAGUGUUGGACAGGCAUUUUCUGGUACUCAGAAUGUCUCCAUUCUUCAAAAGGACGAAGCAUGGAGAGUUAAUGUACGGAUUCAAGGUUGUGACCUCAACCAUGGCUAUCUAUGUGGCACUAUGGAAGCACUUGAUGUUCCUAUGGCAGACUCACCAGUUGUUACUUUCUGGGAAGGAGAGAUUGUUGACACAAAGAAUCAUACUUUCUUCACUGGCAAGUGGGAAGCAAAGCCUGAAGACGACAUAAGGCACUGGACCAAAUUUCCAUCUUUCUCACCCCUUCUGAGCAAAGUGGAGGUUGAUGGUGGGAGAUAUUUGGACUUAAGUAACUACCCCUGCAUAUUUAUGAGAUGGAAAGAGCAAUACUUUGUGAAUGUUGGAACUGACUGUGGGUUAACCAUAGCUGGUUUCUACUAUGUUUGCUUCUCCUGUAGUGAUGGCUCCAUCAAUGGUUUCUAUUAUGAUCCCAAUAGCAGCCCAUUUCAGAAACUUGAGCUGAAGUCCACCAACGAGGGAAGAUUGGGUUUCAUUUUUUCCUCCCUAUGAGUUGCAAUGAGAUGGAACUAGGAAGGUGUUUCCAAUCUCGAUAAUGAUAAAGUAUGUGCACCACAUUGAGCAUUAGACGCAAUACUGCUCCUUCAAUAUUCUACAGCUGCUGCAAAAAAACUCUGAUGUUGAAGUGUGUUUUGUUUAGAUGGUUCUCAAAGAUCAGUUGAUGAGAUGUGGUUUUGUUUUAAACGAUGCAACUUGUGUUUGAAAACUAUACUCAGUUAUGUGCUGAGUUUAUUGAUGGUCCGAUUGAAGCAUUUCAUUUUGUCUGUUCGAUCAUGAUCUAAUGUGAUACAUAUCAUUGAAAGAUUGGCGCCAGAGAGUUGGAUCUGUUUCCUUGCAAAUUG